AUGAGCAUGCAAGCUCAAGAAGCCCUCGAAGAAAGCAUCCUCGUACUCGGUGAGGACUCGGAUCUUAGCUCGCCAGGAUCGCACCAUUCACCCGCCGACGAGAUAGCAAACGCAAUGGCUUCGACUGCGCUGGACAGCACCGCCAAGAAUGUCGUUUUCAAGAUUUCUGGUCCGGCGCACGUACACGACAAUCAGGAACGCAUCACCAGGAAGAUCUCGUUCGCCGCGAGCGAGAGUGACAAGCCGACCUGGCCAAUGCUUGCUCGCGCUAUUCGACUCUACUGUCCUACCGAACCUGCCCGUCGCUUCGGCGUCACAUGGACCGACGAAGAUGGCGACGAGAUUGCAGUAUCAACUGAUGCCGAACUGCGCGAGUGCUAUACCUCGUAUAGCGCAAGCUAUGACGACAAAGAUCACCAAACGCUUAUCGACUACCUCGCCUCUGAAAAGCAAGACAAGCCCUUUGUCAUUCGUUUCGAACUCCUUCAGCUCGACAAGCCAGUCCUCGGCGGCCCUUCGAAUGACGACCCUCCUGAGAUGCCCCUCGAGCCGCCUACUGGUCCUCACCCUGGUCAUGGUCGCAGUGGCCGUGGUGGUCGUGGCGGUCCGAGAGGCGGACGUGGAAGAGGACCCUGGCACGGUCAUCACGACCACUCGCGACGUGGGCCUCGUGAUGGUCCUCCUAGCGACCUCGGCUCGUCUGUCGAAAGCUUCAUCAACUCCAUCCGAGGCAUCGUCGAUCAGGCAGGUCCAGAACUGCAGACUGCUGUCCAGGCGAUCGUCAGCGACGCACUCGAUCUUGCAGCAGACACUGUCGCUCCUACUGUUUCCGAUAGCGAGAGUGAUCUAGAAGGUGAACCAACCCGCAAUGCGUCUGAUCUCUCGCGCAAUAUCAUCGAAAGCAUCGGGCAGGUCAUCCAAGGCGCACUCGGACAAACACGUGCUGGCGAAGAACCACCUUUCCCUGGCAUGCCGAGACACCACGGACGUGCACACUUCGGUCAUGGACACCCGCCGCCUCCACCUCAUCGUGCUGGUCCACCGCACCGCCACGGACAAGUACCUCCGCCCGCGACUUUCGGCAUGCCACCGUUCCUCGUCCAGAUGUUCGGCGGACCUCCUCACCCACCUUUUGCACCCCAUCCGCCUUUCGGGGGCCCUCAUCACGCACCGCCUCACCACGGUCCGCCAGGAGAGCCAGAAUUCGAUGGCCCACCUCGUCACUCGCCCUUCCAUGGACCUCCUCAUAGCGGUCCUCGCGGUGAUUUCCCUGGCCGUCGCCACGGUUGCCAUGGUCCCCAUGGCAUGCCCCACGGCAGAGGUCGUCGCGACCAUCACGAGCCUCCUCGCGAGCGUCAUGGGCGUCAUGAGCAUCAUCACGGCUCACGUCCCAGCCAUCGCAUGCCUGUCGACUCUGACUUCGAUUGCGAUGAAGAAUAUUGA